AUGGCAAAAUAUUACUUGUCUGUGCAAGAAACUAGUGUUCCAAGCAAACGUGCAUUUUUAAUUGCAGCCCAUACUAUUACAAAAAUUAGAAGUAAUCUUGCUUCAGAUUCAGUACAUACCGUAAUAUGUUUAAUGAGUUGGAUAACAAAG